AUGGAAUCACUGCCGCAGCUGGUCAUUGGCCAGGUGCUGCGAAUUUCGGGCUAUGGCAUCGCUUUGGUGUUGAUCUCAGUUGUUCUGAAUGUUAUCAACCAGUUGUUCUUUUACAGCAAGAAUGAGCCUCCGGUCGUGUUUCAUUGGUUUCCUAUCUUGGGCAGUACGAUUAGUUAUGGUAUGGAUCCGUACCAGUUCUUUUUGUCGUGUCGACGGAAGCAUGGGGAUAUCUUCACCUUCAUUCUUUUGGGCAAGAAAACUACCGUGUAUCUCGGAACGGAUGGCAAUGAGUUCAUUCUGAACGGAAAGCUGAAGGACGUCAACGCUGAGGAGGUCUAUGGCAAGUUGACCACGCCAGUCUUCGGGUCUGAUGUCGUGUACGACUGCCCAAACUCCAAGCUCAUUGAGCAGAAGAAGUUCAUCAAAUUCGGCCUCAGUCAAGAAGCCCUAGAAUCCUACGUCCCUCUAAUCGAAGAGGAAGUCAAACAAUACGUCAAAACAUCCGGACACUUCAAAGGGAAAUCCGGCACCAUCGAUCUCGGCGCCGUAAUGGCAGAAAUCACCAUCUUCACAGCCGGCCGUACCCUCCAAGGAGACGAAGUCCGCGCAAAACUCACCUCUGAAUUCGCUGACCUCUACCACGACCUUGACCUCGGCUUCUCACCUAUAAACUUCAUGCUUCCCUGGGCACCGCUGCCACACAAUCGCAAACGAGAUCUUGCUCAUGCACGCAUGCGUGAGAUCUACCUGGAAAUUAUCCGCGCAAGACGCAAGGCCGGCACAACCGAGGAAUCUCAGACGAAAGAUAUGAUCUGGAAUCUCAUGCGCUGCGCCUAUAAGGACGGCACACCCAUCCCCGAUAAAGAAAUCGCCCAUAUGAUGAUCACCCUACUCAUGGCCGGUCAACACUCCUCAUCCGCAAUCAGCUGCUGGAUAAUGCUCCGACUCGCCUCCGAGCCCGAAAUGACAGAAAAACUAUACAAAGAGCAAACCAACGCCCUAGGCGUGAACUUACCACCCCUGCAAUACAGCGACCUCGAAAAACUACCACUCCUUCAAAACGUCAUCAAAGAAACACUGCGCAUCCACUCAUCCAUCCAUACCCUCAUGCGCAAAGUGAAAAACCCCAUGCCCAUCCCGGGAACAAACUACGUGAUCCCAACAUCCCACACCCUCCUCUCCGCACCGGGUGUCACGGCCCGUGAUGAGCGGUACUUCCGUAACCCGCUGACCUGGGAUCCGCAUCGGUGGGAGGAGCGUGUUGAAGUUGAGGAUGAGUCUGAUACGGUGGAUUAUGGGUAUGGUGCUGUGUCGAAGGGGACGAGGAGUCCUUAUUUGCCGUUUGGAGCGGGCAGACAUAGGUGUAUUGGGGAGAAAUUUGCUUAUUUGAAUCUUGAUGUUAUUGUUGCGACGCUUGUGAGGGAGUUUCGGUUUUUCAAUCCGGAGGAUAGGGAGGGGGUUCCCGAGACGGAUUAUUCGUCUCUGUUCUCGCGGCCGAUGCAGCCUGCGACAGUGCGGUGGGAACGUCGUGAAGCAUGA